AUGGAAGUGAUUCUAAAGAAAAGUGUUGAAGGGCUCGGUAUACCGGGCGAUGUGUUGAAGGUCGCGGAUGGAUACGCGCGGAACUACCUCCUGCCGAUGCAGUUGGCUGUGCACGCAACAGAGCGGAACCGUCGCUAUCUUGAACACCAAAAACGAGUUAUCGAUCACCAAGAAUCGAAGGAUAAAGAACUGGCACAGGAAAUCGCAUCACAGAUUACUGGCGUUACGUGCACUCUCAAAAGGCGAGCUGGCGAGAACGAUCGGCUCUUCGGUUCUGUUACCUCUAUGGAUGUCGCAGAGGCUUUACGGGCUCAAGGCUUUGAGUUAGAACGCCGAUUCCUUGAACUUGCAGAUCCGAUCCGUGAACUCGGUGUGUUCAUGGUGCCAGUCAAAUUGCAUACAGAUGUCGUUAUUGAACUCCGCGUCGUUGUUGAACGUGAUGAGUAA